GGUGGAAAACUUUGACUUCUGACACACGUACAGGGGCAAACUCUGUACAGUGAUCGUUUCCGUUCCGGAACUAUUUUACUCCAUCGGAGCUUGAACUGGUGGAUAAUUUGGUGUAGAGGAGUGUCAUAUUGAGGUUUGCAUAACAUGAAGUAUUUGGUAUAAGUAACAAUGGACGGGGAUGAGGCUGUUGCAAUUGUUGGGAUAGGAUGCCGCUUUCCUGGGGCCGAUAACAUUGAUGAAUUUUGGAGGAUCCUUAUAAAUGGCGAGGACCACAUUAAAGAGGUCCCAAACGAACGAUGGAAUGUCGAUGAAAUAGACUACACAGAAACUGAUGACAACUGGAAAAAUAGCGUAAAAUAUGCUGGACUAAUUGAUGAAUUUGACAAGUGGGACAACAAGUUUUUUGGAAUUGGCGACAAUGAAGCAGGAUGGAUAAAUCCUCAAACUUGCUUAACACUAGAAGUUACCCAUUCGGCCUUAGAAAAUGGAGGAUUUACAAUGCAAAACAUGAAAGGAUCAAAUACUGGAGUAUAUAUUGGAGUUACUAAUAAUGACAUGAUGUGUGGAGCUGCAAGUUGCCGUAAUGAGUCCAAUAACACAAUGGUGACUGGUAUCAAUUCAUCUCUUACCGCAAACAGAAUUUCAAAUCACUAUGACCUGCGCGGACCUUCAAUGGCGGUGGACACGGCAUGCUCGUCAUCAAUGACAGCUGUUUAUAUGGGAUGUCAAGCAAUUCGCACAGGUGAAUGCGAGAUGGCGAUCUGUGGAGGCGUGAAUAGCAUUUUAUCUCCUAGUAUCUUCAUAGUAUUAGCUAAAGCUAAGAUGACAUCUCCUUCUGGGAAAAGUCAUCCAUUUGCAGACGACGCAGAAGGCUAUGUCAGGGGAGAAGGUUGUGGUGUUAUAGUUUUGAAAAAACUCAGUCAGGCACUGAAAGAUAAUGAUAAGAUAUGGGGCACUAUAGCAUGCGGAUGUAAUCAAAAUGGAAAAACAAGUACUCCUAUAAUCGCACCAUCUUCAAAACAACAACGAGUCCUUCUUGAGGAUGUAUUUAGACGAUAUAAAGUGGAUCCAUCCUUUAUCCAGCAUGUUGAAGCUCAUGGAGCUGGAACCCCAGUUGGUGACCCAAUAGAAAUGAGAGCAUUGUCUGAAUUCUUUGGACCGUAUUUUAACAACGAACCGACUAUUGCUAUGGGAUCUGUGAAAUCAAAUAUUGGACAUCUAGAAUCCGCCGCUGCCAUUGCCGGUUUGAUCAAAACACUCUUAAUGAUAAAUAAUGAUAGAAUAGUUCAAUCUUUGCAUUUCACUGACGGGAGAGGGAAUUCGAACAUCGAUUUUAAAAACACCGCCUUAAAAGUUGCAACUUCAACAAUACCAUGGCCAGUUGGACCAGACGGAGCUAGGUACGGCAGUAUAAAUUCAUUUGGCUUUGGUGGAUCGAAUGGUCAUGCCAUUGUGAAAAAGGUUCCAACUAAAUCUAAUAAUGAACGCUUAGAUCCUGUCUUUGAUUAUUGUAUGAUAGCAUUAUCAGGAACCAGUAUUCCAGCUGUUAUAAAGACUUUAGAGCAUAUGAAAUCAAAGCUAGGAACAGACUCGUACAACGUCCAAGAUCUCUCCUACACGUCAUUGUUGAAAAGAGAGCAUUUUAAUUACAGAGUUGCUAUUGUUGGCAAAACAGUACACGAUAUAAGCAAAGAAAUAUUAAAUAAAGAAAAUAAGCUACAAAAUAUUCUCCCAAUAAGGUCUAACGAACUGAAUAUGAUCUUUUUUUUCGGCGGUGUUGGAACAGUUUGGACUGGAACAUGCCAGCAAAUGCUCGAUAGAGAUACAGUUUUUCGAAGAACAUUUAUAAGAAUCGAUGCUGAACUUCAACAAUAUACCAAAAUUUCAAUCGUCGACGAAAUUAAAAAUCCUACAAAUUCGUUUUUAACGGAUUCCUUCAAAGGUCCAUUGGUCAUAUUUGCAUGUCAGGUUUCACUGUUCCACUUGUGGCGAUCUCUCGGUAUUCACCCAAAUGUAAUAGUAGGACAGUCUGUUGGAGAAGUAGCAGCGGCUCAUGCCGCAGGAGUGUUAAAUUUGAAAGAUGCGGUCAAAAUAAUUUUUUAUCGUUCUUCUUUAUCAAGCAAAGCUAAUGGCGGUCGAAUGAUGGUUGUUGGCAAAUGCCACAUAGGCGAAAUUGAGGAGAAAUGUUUAAAAUACAAUGGGAAGCUUAGUAUAGCAGUAUACAGCAGUAAAGAGGCAUGCGUUAUCUCUGGAGAUAAAGAAGCGAUUGAAGAUAUACAGGAAGACCUUAAGAAGACAAUGCCAAAUAUACUGAUGAAAAUUCUAGAUGUUAACUGUGCAUAUCACAGCUAUCACAUGGACGAUGCUAGUGCAGAACUACCAAAGUAUCUUGACAGCUUGAAUGCAACGAAACAAGAAUACGAUAUUAUAUCAACUGUUACUGGAGAAAAAAUAAAUAGCAGUUCCAUGGCAACGCCCAUGUAUUGGGCAAAGAAUUUACGACAACCGGUUCACUUGUCCAAGGCAGUAUCGAAUUCGAUGGUAGAGAAUAAGAAAAACAUUGUACUAGAACUAGGACCAAAGCCAGUUGCCAAAGCGCAUCUACGAAGUAUAACAAAUUUGGAAGCUGUAUCCAUCCCUUCCUUGAAUCAGCCAGAUGAGAUACGCACGUUUGUAUCUGCACUGUCCAGACUCUUUGAAUGCGGUUUCGACAUACAGUUUGAGCAAAUGUUUCACGGAGAUGAAUGCCUCACAGAUAUACCACAAUACAAGUUUAACCGCUGUAAAGUAUUGAUGUCAUCUGAAACAUUAAAAACCAACCUCAAGGGAAUAAAGGAGAAUACAAAAAAACAUCUCUUCGUUAUGCAAAAAGUACUCUCAAAGGAUUUUAUAAUUCAAUUUACACCCUUAACAACGCCUUAUAUUUACCAGCAUAUAGUAGAACAAGUACACAUUGCCCCAGGGGCUGUUCAUGCUGAAAUUGCUCUAGAAAUAGCACGAUGUCUUUUACAUUUACCUACAUCGGAGAUAGAAAUAUCAUUACGCUUUGUAAAUCGAUUGCGAAUAGACAAAAAUCACACCGAAAAAUUGAUAACACAGGCGGAUCAGUUGAACCAGACGAUUAAUAUUAAAUCGAAUGAGAAAACUAUAUGUAUAUUUGGAAUGAAAAGAGUCACUCGCCGAACGCCUUGUCCUAUAAACAUUACUCGACUGAAAACUAAAUUAAAAAUGUAUGCUACGGGAAAGACAUUUUAUUCGAAACUUAACGAUUUUGGAUUCCAUUAUGGGGAGGACCUUUCAGUGAUCAAAGACUGUAGGCGGUUAAAAAAUCAAUAUCUUGUUUCAAUGGAAGUAUCAGCAAAAGUCUUUGACUCGGAGUUCAGAAGCAACUUAAUUCCUGUUAUUUUAGAUGGAGCAUUUCAAACAUCUAUUUUAUCAUUUGAUCCUAAUGAGUUAGAGAAAACAAGAGACAUUUCUGUACCUGUGAGUAUACAAUCCCUUAUAGUCCAUAAACAACCAGGGCAACGAUUGUACGUUCUAGGACAGUUAGUGAAAACCAAUAGAUUUAGAUCAACUAUGAAUAUGCUGGUGAUAAAUGAAGAUGGAGACGUGGCAAUAGAAAUGAUAGGAUGUGAACUUCAGAAUGUGUCACCUAAUAUACCAGACAAUCCACUGAAAAACAAAUUUUAUGAAAUGCGAUGGCAACCGGUAAGCUUUGAUCGGAAAUUUGAGGAUGAUAGCUUUUAUUCAAACGCGCUUAUAGUAACAGUUGAAGACAAAGCACAGCAAAUGAUUAGAAAGUAUUUACCAGGUUCAAAAGGCAUUACAGUUUCGUCGCAUAGUGAUGAAAUAUAUAACAAUGUUAUCCAGGAUUUAUAUGAUUACGUAAUGACAAAAUUUGGAAACUUCCAGAACAUUUCGGAAAUCGUUUAUUGCCCAAGAUGCAGUGAUUUUUUAGGCGAAAAUAUGUCACCCGAAGAUAUAUUUAAUACGGUAAAAACUUCGUGUGUCAUAUUAACAAAAUUGUGUCAAAAAUUGAUACACGAAAAAGAAGAUAUUGUUAUGUAUGUUCUUACCAAACAAACCCAACCAAAAGUAAUCCUACAAGACAAUGGCCAUGUCAAUAUACUAGGGUCUGAGUUAUGGGGCAUGACCAGAUGUUUAAUGAGAGAAGAAGUAUUUACAAAGGUGUUUCUUAUCGAUUUUGAAGAGGAAUCUGAUCUGAUCUGUCUUCAGGAAGUUUUGAACAAUGAGCACAAUAAACAGUUAUUACCACCAGAAUUGAAGUUUGAGAAACAAUGCAUUUAUUCAAGCACUCUCAUGAGAAGCCCCAUUGAUGAACCAAAUUUCAGAAUGAACACAUACAAUGCAAAUGAUGCAUUAGAACUAAAAUCAGAGAAAUACAAUAAGAUAAAUCGGCCUUUCUUCAGACACACACACUUGUCAAAAGUAUAUGAAGGUUCGAUAGAAUUAGAAGUAAUGUCUACUUAUACAGACGAGUUAUGGUUUCCAGCAAAUUUGACAGAAAUCGUGGGUGGAGAUGAUCCUUGGAAGUUGUAUUGUACAAAUGGACAUCAAUUACUUUCGGCUGAAACUUGCGGUAAAACAAUUCAUAGGUCGACCAAUGAUUUAAAGUCUUUAGAGGUGCCACACAGUGUACAGUUGCACGAAGAAUAUGUCACAUGUUACCCAGUACAUGCAUCCAAUUUUGCAGUCGUGCCUGAAGACUGCAUUUUAGAAAAAUUCCGAUUUCCGAACUAUCAACCUGGAAUUCUUCUUCAAAUUGCAAUGUUUUUCUCAAUUGCAGAUGAAAUAUCAAAGCUAAAUUCAAUAGCCAUAUUAUAUGAUGGGACUGUAGCCACUAUUCAUGUUGUUCAUCUUCUAGAGUGUAUCCUUGAAUACACUGGUAGACCCCAGGAUACCAGUGUGAACAUUUUCAACUUAGCCGAACUCGAGUCCUUUAGGAUUUCACCAGCUUUGCAAAUUGUCUUUUUGUCAACAAAUGUUGACAAAUUGGAAACAAUAUUGACUGAAAAUAACCAUUCGUCAGUUGAAAUAUUUUCUUUCACAAAUCUUAUAACCAGAAGAAAUGAAAGAUCUUUACGCUAUGUUUGUCCACUUUUAAGGUUAAAGCUCGUCAACAACGAGGAAGUUUUACAAAGACACAAUUUAUCUAAAUCAAUCUGUCUAAUCAAACAAUGGUUAGUCACAGAUACUGCAGUUGGUAUGCUGCAAAAGAUUCCAAUAGCAUGUGGGAAUGGUAGAACAUUUUGUUUCGAUACCAAUGACAAAGAUGCCAUUGUAGACACCGUUCGAAAGCUUGAUGUUGCAUCAACACGAAAUGAUCUAUUUGGUAAACAUUCGUCGUACAUUGUCGUAGGGGGUUUAACUGGUCUUGGACAAGAGAUUGUGAAAUUAAUUUGCGAACUAGGUGGUGGUGCUGUAUUUAUAUUUGGACGUAGAAAUCCUACGGUUGACCAAACUGCAUGGAUGCAGACACUUAUGGAUACAUUAUCCUGCAAGAUUGAAUUUGUAGAAACUGACAUCACAGAUAUCUUAUCCUUGAAGAAAGCUUUUGGCAAGAUUAGAAUGAAGUAUUCAAAUCAACCCAUAAAAGGGGUUUUUCAAGGAGCUGCAGUUCUUGACGAUGGCACUAUUUUGAAUAUGACAGAAUUAAAGCUUGAUAAAGUUCUUCGACCAAAAGUGUUAGGUACAUGGAAUCUACACAUGGUAACAAAAAACAUGGAUUUAGAUUAUUUUGUACUGCAUUCGUCAACAGCAUCUGCUUUUGGGAAUGUUGGACAACUCAAUUAUGGAGCGGGGAAUUCAUUUAUGGAUGCUGCUUCCUUUUACAGACAGAGCACAGGACUUUCGGGCCAAACAAUAAACUGGGGUCCACUUCAGCUUGGACUUAUGAAACUUAAGGACGGUCUUGAACAAUUUUUUGACUCUCAAGGCUACAAUUCAUUAACAAGAACUGACAUAAGAGAAUGUUUUUUAUACAUACUAAUGAAAAACUCAACACAAAUAAUAUGUGCAACUAUUGACUGGAAAACUGUGAUUCGACAAAUGGCAGACGUAUCAAUUAUGUCCAGAGUAGUGCCUAUUUUAAGAGAGCUCCGCAUAUUAGAUAUUUUUACAGAAAAUUCCCAGAUUACAAAUAUUUUGAUGGAUACGGAUGAUUUAUUGAAAUUGUCAACACAAAAGCAAAUUCUAGAAACGAUCAGAAUAACAUCGGUUAUAGCGGCAGAUGUUUUUGCUGUUGAGAUGUCCAUCUUGACGCCAAGUACCAAUCUAGUUUCCAUUGGAAUGGAUUCAAUGAAAGGGUUAGAAUUUGUAAACUCUAUCAACAAACGUAUUCAUGUACGGCUGUCUGUUGUUUCUGUUUUAGCUGAAUCUGCAACUAUAGAGUCUAUUUCAAAUUUGAUACUUGAACAUCUGACAUCUGUGAUUAGUAAACCUGGACAAAUUCCUGUACAGAAACUACGGGCAUUGCGAAAUGUACUUAAAAAUUUUAGAACACCUUUGACAGAUAUCGAAAAAAGCUAUGUUGAUCCAAUUACAGAUAUGAAAAAUGCAGACAGUUUUGUGGAUAUACAAUUGUGUGUGGAGAAGAAUUUACAUAAGACAAAUCUCCUGAUAACGUGUCUAGAACAACUUGAAAAAUUACAUCCAUUCGUGUUAUCUGAAUACUAUAUAGACAGUGGAGGAACAUAUCGAAUCUUGCAAAACGAGACAAUGUUAAAAUUGUUUGAAAACAUUGAAGGUAAACAUCGCGAGCUGAAUUUAGAAUUUUACCGCCAACCACGCGAUCUUGACCUUCUAUCAGGUGAAAAAUUUGAUUUUAAGAUUCUUAGAGACCAUGAGCUGAGACUUAAUACAACAAGAACUAACAACAUGAAGAAAACAGAAAAGCUGAUCGAAACAAAACUCCUUUUUGCCUCCAAGUCAGUGCGAGAGGACGACAAACAACUUUUGAACUUGCGUUUUCGUCGUUUUUACUUUGACUUCAGAAGUAUUGAAAUAUUUGUGAAUGAUUUAUUUACCGUAAUAAGCAAUGAUGUGUUGAAAGAAAGCAAACAGCCACACCAAAACAAAUACACAAAAACCGAUAUUAUUGAAAGAAUGCUUGGUAGCACAGACAACAAAAUGGAAUAUUGGAGAUCAAAGCUUGGCAACAAUUAUCAACCCAUGUGUCUGCCUAAUUUUGACCAGGCAAAGUCAUCCGACCAGACCAUGAUUAUCAGAAGACUUGAAAUGAAAGGCAAAAUAAUUGAAAACAUAACCAAAUGGACAUUGAUUAACAAUACAUCAAUUAAAGACCUAUUUAUUACAGCAUACCAGAUACUGUUACAUUUUAUUUCAAAGUCAGGAACUCCUUGUGUCGUUACAAAUGUUGACCUGAGAGAGGAAGAUGAUUACGAACAGUAUGAAGGACCACUGGAAACUUUGAUACCAAUCGUUACCAAUAUUGAUAAGAAAGACAAAUCAGUACAAGAAUUUGUUCUUGAAAAUUUGAAGGAAAUCAAGCUUGUUACUUCUAAAUUCUUGAUUUCUCAUAGUGUUAUUGAGUCUUUAUCAAAAGACAGAGGAUCUCUCAUAUCAGUAUUUAAGCAUGCUGUCCUUUGUGACAAAGAUAUAAGUCAAGAACUAACAUCUCCAAAACUUGGAAUACGUCCAGUUCGAGUAGUCUCUGUGGAUUCACGAUUUAGCACCUCAAUUCAUGUCAUUACUGACUGCACGCAAAGUAGAAACUGGCUGGAAAUCCAAUGUAAUCCAAGAUUUGCAGAUGAAGCGACAGCUUCAGCCAUCCUGAAUAACCUUUUAGACUUGGCGCAUACAAUUGUAAUGGACCAGAGCAUAUCCCUGCAACAACUCCAAGAGAUGUUUAUUAUCAAAAUUAAAACAGACGAUAAAUUCAAGAAUGUAUAUUUCGGUACAGAAAGGACACAGUUCAAUGAAAACAAUGUACACAGAAUCAGAAGGAAAUUUGAAUCUGAAGAAAAUCAUGAUGACAAUUGCUGAAAUAAUGAACCAACCAACAGAUUACAUCAACGAAAAGGUAUUUACAGCUAGGAAUAUGUCACAGUAACAGAGAAAGACGAAAACGAGGAAUGCUGUAUAUUUAGACUAUGCCUAAAAACUACAUUGUAUAACUUGUGUAAAUAACAUUAUACUUUUUAUGCCUCACCUACGAUAGUAGAGGGGUAUUAUGUUUUCUGGUAUGUGCGUCCGUUCGCCCGUCCGUCUGUCCCGCUUCAGGUUUCUUAGUACCUUGACAUGUUCCCUAUGAUAGGAUCAUUCUAAUUUGAAUGCAAAAUACAAGUGUUUAUCAAAAUUGCACGGUCCACUUAACAUAGAAAAUGAUAUUGCGAGUGUGGCAUCCGUGUUCUAUAGACACAUUCUUGUUUUAAGAAUUUUUUUUAUCUUUUAAAAGUGUUUUGUAAUGUGUGUCGCAUACCUAUUGUACAUAUUUAAUAAUACAAAACAGUGUGUCAGUGAACUUAUAUUUAGUGUUUAGAGAAUACAGUAUUUUUCUAUCUAUUUACUAAAUAUAAACAUUACCCGCUAUGUAGGAAUUUGGGGACAAACAUAAACUUGUAAAUAUUUGUUUGUGAUCAGUCUCUUCAUCAUAUUUUUUUUAAAACAUUGAUCUUUUUUACAACUGUAUAAUGUAUAACUAUCCAAUUAUAUUUUAUGUUAGUAUUUUUUUCAUAUAUUAUUAGCUACGAUAUGUACACUGAUGAGCGUUUUAAUUUCCAUGGCUUAUGAAAUUAACUCGCAUGCUAAUA